GUUUCCCUUUUCGAUGCAUCCUGACAUGCUUGUAUCGUGAGAUCUUCAACUGGGAACGUCAACCACUCUUUUUGCUGCCUUCGGGCAAAAGCCUCUCUUUUCGAUUCUUCUCCGGAGAAGCUUGCUCUCCUUACAUUCAUUGACCAGCUCAAAGCCGCCAUGGCUUCUUCCACUCUUUCCAAUGUUACUUACGCUCUUUCAUCUCACUACGCCGGGGCCAGUCUCCUGAGCAGUUUCGACUUCUUCACGGGGGACGACCGCAGCAAUGGAUUCGUAAAUUAUCUCGACGAAAACAGUGCAAUGGCCCAUGGCCUCGUAUCUGUCCAAGAGGGAAACCAUGUGCGACUCGGCGUCGACUCGACCACUGUUCUGUCGACAAACGAUACUGGCCGGCCGAGCGUCAUGCUCACAAGCAGGGACAGCUUCACACAUGGACUCUUCAUUGCGGACUUCGAGCACAUGCCCGCGUCCUCGUGUGGUUCCUGGCCUAGUUUCUGGGCAUUCAACAACAACACCGACGCAUGGCCAAAGGGAGGGGAGAUUGGCAUUGUAGAAGGCGCCAACAACGCCAUCAGAAACCUGUACUCGGCGCACACAGACUCUGGUUGCGCGCUGCCAGAAGGCGGAUUCUUGGGCAGCCAGGGCUCCGAGCAGUGCGAUUCGCAGAAAGGACAGAUUGGGUGCAACUACGCAGCACCGGCCCGGGAUCCGACAUCAUAUGGCGACGCCUUCAACGCCGCCGGGGGAGGCGUCUACGCGCUCGAGUGGGAUGACGAGUUCCUCAAGAUGUGGCACUUUCCGCGAGCCGGCGUCCCCGCGGAUAUCCAAGUCGGCCGCCCGCAGCCGUCCGGAUGGGGCCUGCCACACGCCCUCUUUGGUGGAUCGGGCUGUGAUGCCGACACGUAUUUUUACAACAUGAGCCUUGUCCUGAACAUCAACUUUUGCGGAAACUACGCCGGCGGUCUGUGGCGAGAGACAGAGUCUUGCGGCAAGCUCGCGUCUACGUGCGAGGCAUACGUUGCCGGACACCCCGAAGCGUACACUGAAGCGUACUGGGACGUCCGAUACAUCGACGUCUACCAGAAGAAGGUUCCCAGGGCAAAGAGCGAUUCCCGGCCAGACUCGAGCUCCCCUCGCCCCAGCGCGAGGCCACAACUGGCUGCCCACAAUGUCCUCACAAAAACCGUGACCCUCAGUAAGGCCCCGGCACCCACGACAGGUCCUCUCGGACUCAAGACCAUCGGGCGCUACGUCCUGCUUGGGUGCUUCGAGUCUGAUGACGGCUACCCGACCUUUGACGAGGCGAUGAACUCGACAUCGAUGACCAACUCGAUGUGUAUAUCGAAAUGCACGGCCGCCGGCAAACGGUACUCGGGUGUUCAGGCAGAGUAAGUCUCUCUCUCUCUCUCUCUCUCUUUUUCUCUCUCUGCCAUAUCCAUACCUUCGAAAAUACUCUGACUAACCCUUUCCAUGACGUCUGCAGUACCUGUUACUGCGCCUCAGAGCUCGGGGACGCCUCAGCGCAGACCCCGUCGAGCUGCACAACACCCUGCCCUGGCGACGGCUCCCAGUUCUGCGGCGGGCCAGGGCGCAAGGAGCUAUCAUACUCUGCGGCCUCGCCGGGACCCGCAGGAAGGUUCACCGUCUACGGCAAUCUCGCCAAGGAGCCGC